AUGUCGCGUUUCUUCUAUCGCGGUGGCAGCGACAGCGAGUCCAGCUCGUCGGACGAGGAGGAGGAUGUCUACAGCGACCGCUCCGAGGAGGAGCAGGAAGACAGUGAGGAGGAAUCCAGCGAGGAGGAGACCUCGGAGUCCGAGGACGAGGAUGCCGACAAGGAAGCUGGUGGUCGCACCGGUGCCAGCAACUUCCUGAGGGAUGUCUCGGACAGCGAGGAGAGCGAGGACGAGGAGAAAGUGACGAUCGUCAAGAGUGCCAAAGACAAGCGGUUGGAGGGGCUCGAGAACACCAUCCGACUAAUCGAAAAUGCAAAGAAGAUCAACGACUGGGCAGUUAUCUCGACUGAAUUCGACAACCUGAACCGACAAAUCGUCAAGGUCACGCAGUCGGGCCCGACCCCUAAGAUUUACAUCAAGGCCGUUGCCGAUCUCGAGGACUCCGUCACCGAGACUAUCUCCAAGCAGAAGUCUUCGGACAAGAAGAUGAACGCCAGCAACGCCAAGGGCUUCAACGCCGUCAAGCAGCGAAUCAAGAAGAACAACAAGGACUAUGCUGCCCAGAUCGAGAAGUACCGCGAGGCCCAGGAUGAUUUCAUGCUGAGCGAGGAGGAAACCGAAAAGCCUGCUCCGGCCCCCGCACCCAAGCCCACCAAGGUGGAGCGCAUCCAGAACCUGGCCGCUGUGGCCCCGUCGGCCGGGGAUGACGACGGCUUCGCAACCGUCGGCCGUGGUGGCAAGACCCUGCAGUACACCCCCGAGAGCAUUCUGAAGCACCUGCGUGCUAUCGUGGAGUCGCGAGGAAAGAAGAACACCGACCGCUCUGAGCAGAUCCGCACUAUGGAGAAGCUCCUGGAAGUUGCCCAGACUCCCUACCAGCGUAUCCGCGUCUACCUAACCCUCAUCUCCACCCGCUUUGACCUUACCGCCAGCUCCUCCGCCAACUACAUGGGUGCCGAUCAAUGGAAAAACGCCAACCAAGAGUUCUCGACCCUUCUGUCCGUCCUGGAGGUGAACCGCAACUUCCUGGUCAGCGAGGGCGCUGACGAGUGGGAGGACGACGAAAAGCAGCCUCAGGUUGCCCCCGACCAGACCUUCCUCAUCCCGGGCAGCAUUGUCUCGUACAUUGAGCGGCUGGAUGACGAGCUCACCCGCUCCCUCCAGCAGAUUGACCCCCACACGGCCGAGUACAUCGAGCGCCUGGGUGACGAGCAGCAAUUGUACAACAACAUUGUACGCACACAACUCUACAUCGAGAGUCUGAGCACUAGCGACAAGAACGAUCCUCGCCAGGACAGCGCGAACCGAGUGGUGAUCCGCCGUCUGGAGCACGUCUACUUCAAGCCUUCGCAGGUUGUCUCCAUUCUGGAGGAUGCCACAUGGAAGGCCACACCCUCCAACCUGGACUCCGCUGUUACUCCUCGUGCGAAGACGGGCGAUGUCACGGAUCUCAUCCAGACUCUGUGCAACUAUCUGUUCCAGUUCAGCGAUGGUAUCAUCCGCGCCCGAGCCAUGCUGUGCCAGAUCUACUUCCUCGCCCUGCACGACCAGUACUACCGUUCUCGUGACCUGAUGCUUAUGUCUCACCUGACUGAGAACAUCUCCAACUUUGAUGUCAGCACGCAGAUUCUCUUUAACCGCACUCUUGUUCAGAUUGGUCUGUGUGCCUUCCGCGCUGGCCUUAUCUACGAGGCCCAGAACACCCUUGGUGACAUCUGCGGCAGCGGCCGCCAAAAGGAGCUGCUCGCCCAGGGCAUCAUCCUCCAGCGCUUCUCGACCGUGUCGCCAGAGCAAGAGCGUCUGGAGCGCCAGCGCCAGCUGCCCUUCCACAUGCACAUCAACCUUGAGCUGCUCGAGUGCAUCUACCUCACCUCAAGCAUGUUCCUCGAGGUGCCCCUCAUGGCCCAGACCUCUUCCGCUCCUGAGAUGCGGCGUCGGAUGAUCUCCAAGACCUUCCGCCGCAUGUUGGACUACAACGAGCGCCAGGUGUUCACCGGUCCCCCCGAGAACACUCGUGACGGCGUCAUCAUGAGUGCCAAAUUCCUCGCCGCCGGCGACUGGAAAAAGGCGGCGUCGAUGCUCGCGUCGAUUAAGAUCUGGGACCUGAUGCCCCAGGCCGACAAGAUCAAGGAGAUGCUGUCCCAGCAGACCCAAGAGGAGGGUCUGCGCACCUACCUCUUCACCUACGCCCCCUUCUAUGACAGCCUCUCGAUCUCCUCGCUGGCCGGCAUGUUUGAACUGCCCGAGAAGAAGAUUGCCGCCAUCAUCAGCCGUAUGAUCUCCCACGAGGAGCUGGCUGCCGCCCUCGACCAGGUCAACGACGUUAUCGUUUUCCGCAAGGGUGUCGAGCUUUCUCGCCUCCAGUCCCAGAUUGUUACCCUGGCCGACAAGUCCAUGAACCUUCUCGAGGCCAACGAGAAGACCCUUGAGCAGCGCACCCAGGGUAUGGCCAACGCCUUCCAGCGCGAGCAGGGGCCCUGGGUCGCCGACCUGGUGGUCAGCAGUUCGGUGGUGGUGCAUUGGGCGGUGCAAUCAAGGCUUAGGUUCUUCUGA